UGGCAGCGGGUCAUGCAUUUAACAGCUGUACUACGGAACCGGUCUAGCUACAUGGCAACUUAGAUCGGGAAUAAACCAACCGCCUAUGAAGCAUUACAUCUAGCGCUUGCCAUGAAUCCUAAUAAACGCAACAAUUAAACGAUUCAAAUUUCCCAAAAUUAUAUCACACCGUUCCCUCCAGCAAUAAAGGAAGCCAAAAAAAGCGAAUUUUUCGGAUACAAUGUUCAUGAUUAUCGGCUUAUCGGUGGUGUAGCACAUUGAACCAUACAGACUGAAUACAUAAUGAAUGGUUUGCACCCCAAAGUUCACCCGUUUUCAAGAGCGCCACACCACACAUAAAUAAUAUUUUGUAGCACGAAGCUAAAGAUGCAUCCAAAAGUGACUCUUGCUGUGGUUAUUGCUACCGAUAAAACAUUAUUCAGGACAGUCUGCAUGUCUGCGGUGGAAGCUUUUCGUUUCUCCUAAAGAGAAAUUACUGGAAAGAAUGUUCAAGCCUGCUACUUUGAUGCCUCACUCGAGAGUGAACUUGCGAUCAGUCGUUAACUGAGGGUUGUGCUCGUUGGAUCGUCCUGUAUUUAGUUUAGUGUCUUCGACCAAUACGCGUGUGCCAUUUCUCUCUCUCUCUCUCGCCCUGAUCUGCUUCAUAAAAAUGGUGUUACCAGAUUUCAGUGCUAACCGUCCAUCGACGAUGGAAGGGCUUUUGCAGGAUGAGAAUCUGUUCAGCCCCCUUCCAAAGCACGGACCAUUAGCACCCUAUCGCCGUGCGGCCACGAUCGACUGGCGCAAGAUGCGCCUUACCUUUACCGAUCAGCACGAGCUGGAGCUGCAGCACCGGCUGUAUCGCUUGUUUCGCACCAGCGAACCCUUCAUACGGGGCCGCACCGUUCGCGACCAAUCGACGGACGAGCGACGCCGUUUAGCCAUGGUACAGCUGCACCACCUCCAGCGCGCACGUCUAUUCCACUACGAAACGUUCAUCGAGCGGCCCGCUCUUGCGUCCAUCUAUUACGCAACGAUCGCCGAGUACGACAUGGCGCUGCUGGUGCGCCUAACCGUCAACUAUCUCUUCUUUACCGGCGCCAUACGCAUGUUCGACGAGCCUGGCGGACGGCUAGCGCACGUGAUCAAGCAGGCGGAAGCCGGCCACAUUGCCGGUUCGUUCGCACUGACCGAGGUAGGCCACGGGACGAACGCACGGGCCAUACGAACGCGCGCGACCUACGACCCGGCGCACCGGGAGUUCGUGCUCGAGACGCCCGACUUCGAAGCCGCCAAGUGCUGGGCGGGCAAUUUGGCCAAAAGCUGCACGGACAUGAUCGUGUGGGCCCAGCUGUACACGGCGGAUGGCGCGUGCCACGGGGUCAGUGCGUUUGUGGUGCCGAUCCGCGACCGCUACACGCUGCAACCGCUGCCCGGUCUGUUGGUGGGCGAUUUGGGUGAGAAAGCGGGCCUGAACGGGGUCGACAAUGGGUUUGUGCUGUUCCGGGGGUAUCGCAUUCCGCGCGAAAAUCUGCUAGCGCGGUUCGGUGAUGUGAAUGAGGUGACGGGUAGGUUUGAAUCGACCGCUAAGAGCGCCACCGAACGGUUCGCCCUUUCGAUGGGUCCGCUCGUGAUUGGGCGGAUUAACAUCUGUACCGUGUCGCAGACGCUGCUUGCCAAGGCGCUCACGAUCGGCAUACGCUACUCGGCCGUGCGGUGUCAGUUCGGGCCGACGGGCGACGACCGGGAGCUACCGAUACUGGAGUACCAGUCGCAGCAGUACCGGCUGCUGCCAAAUCUGGCCACCUGCGUGGCGCUGAAGCUGUUCCAUCGCUGGUUCGCACGCGUGUCGGGCGAUGCGCAGGUGCGCAUGCUGCGAGCCGCACCGAUCGAAAGCGAACUGCUGCUCGAGGUGCACAUUGUUGCGUCCGCCGUCAAGCCGAUCUGCAGCUGGGCGGCCCGGGACGGCAUACAGGAUGCGCGGGAAGCGUGUGGUGGCCACGGGUACCUUCGGCUGGCCGGGCUGGCCGACUUGCGGGUAGACAACGACGCAAACAUCACGUACGAGGGCGAAAACAAUGUGCUGCUGCAGCAGGUCUCGCAGCAGCUGGUCGGCAUACGCAGCAAGGGCGAGUAUGGUGCGUUCGCGCUGAUGUCUCCGCUUGGUUCGAUGACGUUUUUGGCUGAGUACGAGCAGAUAAUGCAGCAGCGACUCGAGCGCAUUACGGUGGAGCAGAUUGAGGAUCCGAAAGUUAUACUGAACGCACUGAGUUGGUUAACGGCCUACACACUAGAACGCACCUACCGACGAGCGGAGGGACUUCUUAAGCGGGGCGACAGCAAAUUCGACGUCCGCAACGAUACGCAGAUUUUCUACGCUAAAGAUCUUGCCAUCGUUUUUGGAGAGGUGAGCUCGGAGAAAAUCAUUCAUGAGCAUAGAACGCUAACGUACUCUACCUUCCCUUUCUAGCGCAUAAUAUUCAACGCAUUCUGUACCUUCCUCGACACGAUGGAACAAGGACCGGAACGAAACUAUCUCACGCGUUUGGCAGAACUGUACGGCGCGACACUGUUACUAAAGCAUAUGGCCACCCUUCAAAGUGCUGGCUACCUCACGGUCGACGCUUUACCAUUGGUCCAGGAAUCGAUACUACGUCUGCUGCCCAUCGUUAAGCAGGACGCGGUAGCCAUGAUCGAUUCGCUGGCACCGCCCGACUUUGUGCUCAAUUCACCGCUCGGUGCUGCUGACGGGAACGUUUACGCACGCAUGGAGUCGGAGCUGAUGGCGGGCCAGGAUGUGACCGGGCGUGCCACCUGGUGGCACGAAAUAUUAACACCCACUUCGGCAAAGCUGUAAAGCGAAUUCAAUUCGCUGGAAACAUGAUGAAAAGUACAUCCAAAGCAACAGUUUUCAUAGAAGGAACAAAAUAAAGACAAUCGCGCUGUUUUUCAUAUUCCUUACUGAUUAUUUUGGUUAUUUUUUUCUGUCCAAAAGUAUGGUCAAUGGAGUGAAUGGAAUUUAAAGUAGAUAUCGGUAAAAUUGACAAAAAUCUGAAAUCGACUCCAGAAGGUAGGUCCGCCCAGCAUUAUCUGGAGUCACUCGGAAUCGUCUGGAAUCGCCCGGAGUUGUCCGGAGCUGUUCGGAAUCGAGCCGUUCGGAAUUGGAGUCGUCCGGAGUUAUCCAGAGUCGUCCGAAGUCACCCGGAGUCGUUCGGAGUCAACAGGAGCCUCCGGACUACUCCGACUCCAAACGACUCCGGACGACUCCGGACGAAUCUGGACGACUACCAACGCCUCCAGACGACUCCGGACGACUGUGG